CCUUUACUAAAGAAGGAAACAAACAGUGAAAGAAGAGAGCUCGGGAAAAGGACGGGAGAAAAUUCACUUAUUUAUCUCACUGACACGGUCGUCUAGCGGAACACCAAUUCCCAUUUAAAGAGAUCCUGUUCCUUAAACUACAUCAAUCGACCGACUACUCUCAAAAAAGUCCUCAAGCAAUGGCCCAAGAGACGAACCAGAGCCCUGUGCCUAUGCUGUGUACCACAGGCUGUGGUUUCUUUGGCAACCCUAGGAAUAAUGGCAUGUGCUCCGUGUGUUAUAAAGAUCACCUGAACAGACAACAAAGCAGUGAUCGUAGUCCCAUGAGCCCCCUGGCUGGCAGCAACUCAGCAGAAGCCUCUGCUAUACAGAGACUAGAAGCCAGUAUAAACAAAGCAGAACCCUCACCUUCUCCCAGCACAUGUGCCAUGAGAGAAUGUAUUCCUUCAACUUCCUUACCAGUAACACAACAGAUGACAGAAAUGAGUAUUUCUAGAGAGGAGAAGAUCUUGUCUCCUAACGCUGAGGCUGCCGGACCAGUUAUAUCACAGCCCACCUCCUCCUAUUCCCCUGUUCCUCAGUGCAGCGAUGAGGGCAAGAGCCCAGACUCCUCGAAACCUAAGAAAAAUAGAUGCUUUAUCUGCCGUAAGAGAGUAGGACUAACAGGAUUUGACUGUCGAUGUGGAAAUCUGUUUUGUGGAAUUCACCGGUACUCGGACAAGCACAACUGCACAUAUGAUUACAAGGCAGAAGCCGCUGCUAAAAUUCGUAAGGAGAAUCCUGUAGUGGUGGCCGAUAAGAUCCAGAGAAUAUAAGCUUUUUGCCAUCUCAACUGGCAAUGUGAACAGAACACUGGUGGAUUAAACGAAUGACUUGGAAAAACGGACUUGUGUUUUUCUCUCACCUUACGAAGAAAAAGAGGACUGAACCAUCUGAGGCUCAUGCAUGAACGAUCUUACAGAUAUUGCUUUUGUGAUAGGUAUUCAUUUCCUUCUUUCCGUUUUGAUUUCUCUCCUCUGUGGUGUUUUUACGUUAGUUAUCCAUAUAUAUUCAUUCAUUUCCUAAAGCGUAGAUUCUGUUUGUUUUUACCUGUUCCCACCCUCACACAAUGGGAGUGGCUGAUGUUCAGUGCCAAAUUGUGGCACAUUCUGAAGAAGCCUUGUGUACGUAGUUUCAGCCUUAGACUUGAGUGACGUUAAACUUCCAAGAGGUGUGUCAAAGCUCGACGUAACUUACCUGAUGUGUGCUGCAUGUGUUAGUAUUUCAGUACAGUUUGUUUUAAAAAUAUCAGUUGGUGGACCCAAAGGCGAGAUUAUAAAGUGGGGCUCCUCGAUCAUCAUUGCCGUUUAUUUAGCAUUUGUUUAAAAUGUGAACUUUCUACUGUGAUGUCACACCCUUUUUAUACAUCAAAGGUAAUUUAUUUUAAGUCCUCUGUUCCCAAGUUGUCAAACCAAUAACUUUUAAUUUAUCAAAAGUACAUUUUCGAGUUUUGAUGAUGGUUGCUCAAUGUUAUCAGUACUGAAAGGUUUGUGAGUUUUGACCUUUUAAGUAGACUAUGAGAUGGCAAAGUCUGUUUUGUGUGAGUGCUUUUGUGUGAAGGGAAAUUUGUACAAGUCUUUCCUGUUUGUGAGAUGAACUAACCAUCCACAGUGCAUUUGAAACACCGCAAUAGUAUAAGCAGUAUGUCAGAUUUGAGUGUGAAGCUUUUUGUUUUGAAAUGCACCUGUCUGUCGUGUGUCUGCAUAUGCAAGCGAGUUUGAGUGCAUGUGUUGUAUAUAAUGAGUGAGGUUUCCUUGAGAGCUGUAUCUGAUCAGAGUAUGUUCCUGGCUUCAGCCAUUAGUUUUAUGCAAAUUUGUAUGAAAAAUCACCUUUACUAUGUCCAUAUUUAUGUAUCGCAUUUAAUCCUUUUACUUGGCAUUAAAGAAUAUAGUAUUGUAAAUAAAAAUAUACAGAGAAAAUA